UUCUCAUUCCGUCGUUUCCCAUUAACUUCAUAUUCUAUCAUAAUUUUCGUCCACACGAUUCCAACUUCUUGCCUUGCACGUGACUAUUUCAUGCAAACUUCAAUUUUCUUCUUCUUCUUCUUCUUCUUUUUUUUUUUUCUAAAUAGUUUUUUAUUUGAUUAAUAUUUGAAAAUCCCCAAAACUAGAAAGUAAUUAGUGUUUGUUUACCGAGAAAAUCAGAGAGAAAAUUUAGAGGGAAUUUUGGAUAUAAAUUUCUCAAAAUUUUCAACCUCAAUUCUUCAAUUUCCUAUUUUUUAAUUGGUCAAUAAAUCUUCAAUUUCCCUCUCUUCCUCUUCACUUUCAAUUCCCUUCCGCUCUUCUUCUUCUAUUUCUCUCCGAUCCCACCUUCGAAUUCUCUUCCCCAAUUCCAAUCUCUUUUUCGAUUUCUUAAUCUUUUCUCUUUUCGAAAUUCUUCUUUUCUCCUCGUUUUCCUCCACCCCAUUUGAUCUCAUUCACUUUCAAUCUCGAUUUCUUGCCCUUUUUUACGAUGUGAUUCUUACGCUCUCGGCCCGCCCAGAAGAAAUUCACGGCUGGCUUUGAUUAUUUAGUUGUCAAUCUUAUUCUAAAUUUCAACGGUUUCCUUCUUCGAUUUGAUUCUCGAAUCAACAAUGGUGUCCGCAUCGAUUCAGAAGAACAUGCACUCUCUUCUUGUAGCCAAUCUCACGAAGCUAACGAUUCCUUCAUCUUCUUCUUCUUCUUCUCCUUCUGCAUCAGCCGCCGCCGUUCACGACUUUGAUUUCAACGAUGUCUUUGGCCCUACUAAUCCGUCCCCGUCAUCUUUUCACGGGGACCCACAACACCAUGAACAGCAACAACCAGUGGUUAUUCACAAUAGAUCUCAUUCAUUUGUGGGUCCUUCUCCCCGGUUAACUCCUCCAGCUUCUCUUCCUUUUUUCCGAGAAGUCGAUUCACAGAGCGAAGGGGAGGAGGAGGAAGAAGAAGAAAAUGACCUAGAAAUCUCGACUCGUGAUGGAGCUCAAGAGGAGGAGAAAAGGGUUGGUGAAACUGAAAAUUGUAGUGGAGAAAAUGUACAGGGGAAGAUUGGAGUUGGGGAUUUUGAUAUUCUUCGAGUUGUGGGAAAAGGGGCGUUUGGUAAGGUCUUUUUGGUGAGGAAGAAAGGGAAUUGUAAAGGAAACGGUUCUGAUAAUGAUGAGAUUUAUGCUAUGAAAGUCAUGAGAAAGGAUACUAUUAUAAAGAAGAAUCAUGUGGACUAUAUGAAGGCUGAGAGAGAUAUUCUCACAAAAGUUGCUCAUCCUUUCAUUGUUCAGCUUCGCUACUCUUUCCAGACCAAAUCAAAACUUUAUUUGAUUCUUGAUUUCAUAAAUGGGGGACAUCUCUUUUACCAUCUGUACAGGCAGGGGAUCUUCAGUGAGGAUCAGGCAAGAGUCUAUGCAGCUGAGAUCGUAUCGGCUGUUUCGCAUCUUCACAAUUGUGGCAUUGUGCACCGUGAUCUCAAGCCUGAGAACAUUCUCAUGGAUGCUGAUGGACAUGUAGUGCUUACUGAUUUUGGACUGGCCAAGGAGAUUGAUGAAUCAAGUCGGUCGAAUUCGUUGUGUGGAACAACUGAAUACAUGGCUCCAGAAAUCUUGCUUUCUAGAGGCCAUAACAAAGAUGCUGAUUGGUGGAGUGUUGGAAUCCUCUUGUAUGAAAUGCUUAGUGGCCAGCCACCAUUCACACACACCAAUAGAAAGAAGCUUCAAGAAAGAAUAAUCAAAGAGAAAGUGAAGCUUCCACCAUACCUAAGCACUGAAGCUCACUCUUUGCUCAGAGGGCUGCUAGAAAAGGAGCCUUCUAAAAGAUUAGGUAGUGGACCGAAGGGAGGAGACGAGAUAAAAAACCAUAAAUGGUUUCGACCUGUGAACUGGAAGAAAUUGGAGUGUAGGGAGCUGCAACCGAAAUUCAAACCGGAUGUCAGUGGGAAUGACUGCACAGCAAAUUUCGAUCACUGUUGGACAGCAAUGCCCCCUGACGACUCACCAGCUCCGACCCCAACAGAUGGUGGACACUUCCAGGGAUAUAGUUAUGUUGCUCCUAACCUUUGGCUUUCAUCAUCUGGAUAGAAUUGCUGAUCAUGAUGUUUUCACUAUAUACUGGUAAAUGCAACUGUACAUGAGUCCUAUACUGCCAUUAAAUUAUUGCUUGUUUCACAAUUCAGUGACUGGCAAUCUUUCAGAUACUUUCAAAUGCUUGUGUUAAUUCAAUGUGACUUCUUCUAGACUUCCCAAGUUCUCUCUGUCUCUCCUGUGAUCAAAAGUACUGUUUUUUAACUUUUUUAUUUUGCAAAUACUCUUAUCAAGUGUUAAUGAAAGUUGAUUUACACUUUGGUUCAUCA